AUGUCAGAGAAGAAAGAAUGCCCCUCGUAUCCGGUCCGGGGCUUGAUAAUAUCCGGAGACCCUAUUCCCACAGCGGCGACACCGGGCUGUGGUGAAUCGAAUGCGACUGGCGUCCGGACUAGUCAGGUGGUAGCACCAGGCUUGACUACUCCGCGAGCUUCUGGAGCAACAACAACAACAACAACCGCAAGUAGCCGGCCCAAGCUGGCUGCUUGUAAACCAAAACCGCCCACUAAGCCUUCGGGUGUGGGUAAAGGUCCCAGCGGUGAGGUACCUCUGCCUGUCGUGGCGAGUACCUCUGCAGCCGCAAAAGCAGCCCUUGCUGAUUCAAAGUCAGCUCAAUCCCUAUCUUCGGGUGACAACAAGGUCUCCCAAGUGCCCUGUGCGAAUGUGGAAUCGUCGACCCCGAUGUCGGAUUCCUCUGCUGCACCUCCCCCUACAUUGGAAAAGUCGUCGAACUCGUUGUCGGGCUCUUCCAAUGUAUCCCUAGAGUCUUCCCCCAGGCACAAAACACCUUCCAGAAGGGCUUUUGUUCAUCGGCGGGCCGCCGAGCGCAUCGUUGAGCGUCAUGUCGCCAAACCCAACGAUGCUUUAACGAGAGAUGAGAAAUCGUCCCUCGAUUGGGCGAAAAGCCUCCUGGCUAGGCUAAAGGGCUCCGAUCCUCCAGCUGAGGCAGAAGUGGUUAGACCUGCUGCCGAGGCGCCUAAACGGCAACGAUCUGAGGAGGAGACCCUUACUUCUAUGCCAAACGACCAGCCGACUAAACGUCAAAAACAGGCGCAAACCAUUGUCAUCAAUAGACCUUUCAGUGAGGUGGCUAGAAACCCACUGGUAAGGGCUAUUGUUGACCAAAGCAACAGCGACGGAGCCAUCUCCCAGGAAAAUGGGGGACUAUCCGUCAGAAGAUGCUAG